UUGUUCCCCGCUGGUGCCCCAGCCUCCUUCCCGGGAGGUGGCGUCCCGGCGCAGGGCUCCCCUGGGAGGGAGAGGUUGAAGCUGGUGGGCUGGAGCUUUUCCUUCUGUGUCUGUAUUCGUAACGACUCGCAGGUUUGUGACUGUCCCCUUUUGUCUAUGGUUCAGGUGCAGCUGUAGGAUGGCACUGUCGUGGGUGCUGCCCGAGCUGGCCCGAGGGCUUACCCGGGCGGGCUACGGGCGGGCUCUCCUCAGAGCGGCCUCGGCCUCUGCCUCAGCGUCGGUAGCUCCAGACUUCAAUAGUUUUGUCACUCGGACAAAUACUUGUGGAGAGCUGCGUUCUGCUCAUGUGGGACAAGAGGUCACACUGUAUGGAUGGAUUCAGUAUCAAAGACAAAGCCUGUUUCUGGUUUUGAGGGAUUUCCAGGGACUGAUCCAGGUCAUCAUUCCACAAGAUGAGGCACAUUCCCAUGUGAAAAAUCUUUUGUCUAAUGCCCCGGUGGAGUCUGUUGUUCGAGUGACUGGAAUUGUGUCACCUCGACCCCCAGGGCAGGAGAAUCCGAAAAUGCCAACAGGGGAUAUUGAAGUGAAGGCAGAGACUGCAGAGAUCCUAAACUCCUGCAAGAAGCUGCCUUUUGAAAUCAAGGAUUUCAUCAAGAAAUCAGAGGCCUUACGGAUGCAGUAUCGCUACUUGGACUUGCGUAGCUUCCAGUUACAGUAUAACCUGAGGCUGAGAUCACGCAUUGUGAUGAAGAUGCGGGAAUAUCUAUGUAACCUCCAUGGGUUUGUGGAUGUAGAAACUCCAACACUCUUUAAAAGAACUCCAGGGGGAGCAAAAGAAUUCCUUGUACCCUCAAGGGAAGCGGGCAAGUUCUACUCUCUACCGCAGAGUCCUCAGCAGUUCAAGCAGCUCCUCAUGGUUGGAGGCCUGGACAGGUACUUUCAGGUUGCUCGCUGCUACCGAGAUGAAGGUUCACGGCCUGACAGGCAGCCUGAAUUCACUCAGAUAGAUAUAGAGAUGUCAUUUGUAGAUAAAGCUGGGAUCCAGAAACUGGUGGAAGGCCUCCUGCAGUAUUCCUGGCCUGAGGAAAGAGCCUCCAUUUCAACUCCUUUCCCUUCCAUGACUUACGAGGAGGCACUGGCUGACUAUGGGACUGAUAAACCAGACACUCGUUUUGGGAUGAAGAUAGUGGAUAUCGGUGAUUUUCUACAAAGAUCGGACAUUCCGUUUGUACAGAAUGCACUCAGUUACCCACAUGGCACUGUCAAAGCCAUUUGUAUCCCUCAGGGAGUGAGAUACUUUAAAAAUAAAAAUUUGGAGUCACUAAAGGAGUCUGCAAAAUCCCAGUUUAACCAGGAAAUCGUGGAAAUUAUCUGCAGGCCUGAUGGAAGCUUGAAGUCUCUGCUCACAAGGUUUCUUGGUGAGAAGCAGCAGUCACAACUUGUCCAAGCACUGAACAUGCAGGCGGAUGAUGUGGUGCUGCUGGCUGCUGGUGAAGAAAAGCAAGUGUGCUCUGCAUUAGGAAGCCUCCGGUUGGAGAGUGCUGACCUCCUUGAGGCGGCUGGGCUGGUACUCCGUGAUCCUGCAGCUUUUCACUUUCUGUGGGUGGUGGAUUUUCCCCUUUUCCUCUCAAAAGAAGACAAUCCCACUGAACUGGAAUCUGCUCAUCACCCUUUCACUGCCCCUCAUCCUUCAGAUACCAGCCUCCUCUAUUCUGAUCCCACAAAGGUCCGUAGCCAGCACUAUGACCUUGUGUUAAAUGGCAAUGAAAUCGGAGGUGGUUCCAUCAGAAUUCAUAGUGCAGAGCAACAGCGUUUUGUGCUGGAGAAAGUGUUGAAGGAGGAUUCUGAGGUGCUUUCCCAUCUGCUUGAGGCUUUGGAGCUUGGAGCUCCACCUCAUGGAGGAAUUGCUUUAGGACUUGACAGACUGAUCUCUCUCAUUGUUGAUGCUCCAAGUAUCCGAGAUGUUAUUGCUUUCCCUAAAUCCUUCAGGGGACGAGACCUGAUGGGCAAUGCUCCAGACUAUGUCACUCCAGAAGAACUAAAGCCAUAUCACAUCCAGGUUUCCUGGCCUCUAGAGGAAAAAGAGGCAAAGAAAAAACUGACUUAAAGACAGUGAUGUAAGCUGAUCUGUAUAACUAGAGGUGCUUCUGAAUUAAGUUCAGAAGACAUGAAUGGGAGGGUGAGGGACAGUACAACUCACUGUACUAUGACAGUUUCAGGAUUGAAUGGGAAAUAGGGCUCCCUGAUAGGAGUUCACCUUUAGUUGGUAAUAGAAAGGAGAGCUAGAAA